AUGAGAAUUGUGGGAAGCCCAUCUUUCACGCGUCGAAUCAAUGGCGGUCACGUAAGCACAUCAACAAUGGAAGCAACUCAUGUAGUGGUUGCGCCUGAUUUACGGCCACCAGCAUCAUGUCAUGGGAAAUACCUUGUCACUAUGGAUAAGCCACAAUCGAUUGCGGCCACCAAAUAUUUUCUGAGAUUUCAAAGGAGAAGGCGGGCGGAGUCAAGUGCGAAGAAGUACAAGCGUUACCAGCUGUGUUUGGAACUAUUCAAAACGGAAGUCAAUUGCUUGAAAGCAUCGGAUUUUUUAGUGAGAAUUUUCGAAGAGAACGUAUAUGUGCCAGCGGAAGCGAACGACAUAAUGUUUGGUGUGUACGGAGUGAUGCGGAAGGCCCACGACAAAAUUGUACAGAGAAUGGGUCAAGUACUGGACACAUGGAACGAUCACAGUACUGUUGGAGAUAUAUUCGUUGAGGAGUCUCCAUUCCUCAUAGAAGCCUAUUCGCCAUAA